AACAGAAAACCCACAGCUAUAAACUAUUGGAUGAAUGGUUACUGGAUCAAGUUAUAUAUGAACACAUCAAAUUCCAGUUAUACAGUCUGUGAUCUCACAGGAGAAGAAAAGAGAUAAAAGGAGAGGACAGGAAAAAGAGCAAGACUGAAUGUGUGUGUGCGUGUGUGUACCCAUACAUGGAAAGGUGGGGGUGAAGAAUGGGAGGAGAGAGAGAAAGAAAAAAGAGAGGAGGGGAAAGAGAGCAUGAAAGAGAGGUGUCUUGAUCUGUAGUGCACAUCUCCACAAACCCCGUCCUGCUGUCUACCAUCACAGCAAGAUGAUGUCAUCAGAGGUCUUUGUUCCUGGUUGGCUGCAGCAGCUGCUGGUCGUGCUGCUCAGGUUGUCGCUGUCCUGCGCGGCCCCGGUGAACCUGACCAAUGGGACGGAGUGCAGCGCUCGAGGACCCGCCUCUUACAUCCUGGUGUUCACCGGCCACUGGAGUCCGCAGACCUUCCCCAAGCAGUAUCCCUUAUUCCGACCACCUGCGCAGUGGUCCAAACUCAUGGCUGUGACGCAUAAUGAACAGUACCAGCUGUGGCGGGAGGGGGCGUCUGCAAGCGAAGGCUUGAAGAGCUUUGCAGAGCAGGGACUCACAGUGGAACUGGUGAAGGAUGCGAAGGAGGCGAGGAAGAGGCGAGUGGUGGGGUCCAUGUACCGUACAGCUGGGAUCCCCUCAGGCAUCGGCCACAGCUCCACAGAGCUGCUUCUGACACCCAGGACCCCACUGCUGUCUCUGAUAGUGAAAGUGAUCCCCAGUCCAGACUGGUUUGUGGGGGUGGACAGUCUGAACCUGUGUGAGGGUGGGCAGUGGAAACAGGAAGUGACCUUUGACUUGCACCCAUUUGAUGCCGGCACAGAUAGUGGAUUCACUUUCUCCUCACCAAACUUUCCAACAACACCCCCAGAAAAUAUCACCAUGAUCACCUCUCAAAAGCCAAACCACCCGGCAAAUUCCUUCUACUACCCUCGGCUAACCGAACUCCCUCCUCUGGCCACCAUUUGGGUGAAGCGACAGGCCCGCACACCUGCCCGUCAACCGAACCGAGUGUCUAAUCACAUCCUGCCUGACACAACCAGACCCCACAGAUUCUCAGAAACACCGCUGGACUGCGAGGUGUCGAUGUGGUCGUCCUGGGGCCUGUGCCUGGGGCCGUGCUCUCGGGGCGGCACGCGCCAUCGCACCCGUUACAUCCUGCUCAAACCCGCCAACAGCGGCACGCCGUGCCCCGAGUUGGAGGAACAGGAAGAAUGCACGCCGCACAACUGCCUCACGUAUCAGUGAUGCCGGUCACACCGCUGGCAUAGACACUUUGACGCUGUCCAAACGGAGAGCCGAGUUUAACCUCAUGCCAAUGCUGAGUCACUGCCGCAGAAUGUGGGAGAGCCGCCUGGCUGGACGUCCAGUGAGCUGCAUUGGCUCCUCUCCUCACUGGAAAAGAACGGCUCGUAUUCUGUUAAUAGAGACUUUGAUUAUGGGUGCUGUACUCCCAGUAAUCUCAGUGUAUCUUUGCGUAAUCGCACACUAUUUUGCCAAUAUAGAUUUGUGGAAUAGACGACUUGCUGUUGCUCGACCACUGAAUUUAACAUAACUACACAAAUUAACAUAAGCCUUCCUCUCGAUCUCACAACAAUAGCGGGUUUUGGGUUUUGAGUGAUUUGACAGAUGCUGCGGUAGUAGGCCGUAGGAGUCAACUAGUAGUACAUUAGUAGUAAAAUAACACUUGAAGACACCCCAGCUCCUGUCUCAUACAGGCCUAACUAUGUUCUAAAUGCAGAUGCAUAUAGUUUACAAUAUUAUCUUGUGAGGAAUCACACAAAACAAACUGUCAUUUGUCAUUUAUCAAAUAAGGGACCGUUUAAAUGUUCCAGGUCAAGAGUUUUUAACCAUUUUUUGAAAGAAGUCUCUUAUGCUCACCAGUUUGUUCAGAAAUACAGUAAAAAUGAACAUAUUUUGAAAUAUUAUUACUAUUUAAUGUGUUCUAUUUGAAUAUAUUUUAUGUAAUUUAUUUCUGAUGCAAAGCUGAAUUUUCAGCAUCAUUACUUCAGUUUUCAGUGUCACAUGAUCAUUCAGAAAUCAUUCUAAUAUGCUGAUUUGCUGCUCAAGAGACAUUGCUUAUUAUUAUCAUUGUUGAACAGUUGUGCUGCUCGAUAAUAAUAAUAAUCGAUCAUUCAAGAGAACUGCAUUUUAAACAGAAUAUAUUGUAACAUUAUUGUCAGUGUUUAUCGUUGUAAUGCAUUCUUGAUAAAUAAAAGUACUCUUUUUCUUUCUUUUGUGUUUUAAUCUUAUUUACCCCAACCUUUUAAAUAUAAUGCUUUCAACAAUUAUUAAACAGCACAACUGUUUUCAGCAAUGAUGCUGAAAAUUCAGCUUUUCUAUCACGUAUAAUUGUCAUUUUAAAAUACAUUCAAAUAGAAAACAUAUUUAAAUUUAUACUAAUAUUUCACAAUAUUACUGUAUAUUUUGAUUAAAUAAAUACGUUCUUGGUAAGACUAAAAUACUUCUUAUAAAACAUUUAAAAAUCAUAAUAAUUCCAGACUGACCGGUAGUGUAUAUGUUGUAUUUUAUGUUUCU